AUGGCGAUAUUCGGGUCUAAUAAAUCCUCAAAAAUGGAGGCCAAUUAUCAACAGCACCCAAGGGGCCAAGACAAGAUGCAUUCGGCCAACAUUCACGAUCCCAUUCUUUCGGCCGUUAACGAGGCACAACCUUUUGAGCAAGCAGCUGAUCAUACCAAUGUUAGAAGACCCUCGUAUCUUUCACAGGAUUCAGCAGAAAUGAAGGAUAUUUUUGGCCAGCCUAUUCGUCAGGCUGACAUGUCGAACCCCACGCGUGCACGGAACGAAAGACCCAUGGACACGAUCCGGUCGUUUGAGUAUGCUAUUACUGGAGAUUAUGCUUACAGAGAUCAGUUGGAGACCCAACGACUUGGAUGGGGAUUUCACGAAGAUUUUCCCUACUACAAUUUGAGUGGCCAAGGAGACAACUCUGAGCAUCAGCACCAGGGACACGAACGGCCUGUGAUCAACUUUGAUGACCAGCCAAUGUACCAAAAGGCCAACUAUAGUGCUACGUCUUUGAAGGAGGAUCAGACCAAGAAAAAAAAGAAGAAGGGGUUGUUUGGUAGAAAGAAGUAG